AUAAAAUGUCGCGAUAUCCUGACAGUCGGCGGCUACAUAGAAAAGAAACUCCGUUAAACAUACCAAAGUCACAUAAUCGCAUCUCAACGCACACGUCACAAGGAUGACCUCAUCACCACCAACAGGCGUCUUCGUCCCCGUCCCAACCUUCUUCAAACCACAGUCAGAGUCCAAAUCCCUCCAGCCUGCCGUCGAUGUCCAGACACAGAUAGAACACAGUGUCUUCCUCGCAAAAAAUGGCGUCCGCGGCCUCGUGCUGCUCGGCUCAACAGGCGAGGCUAUCCACAUGUCGCGUCAGGAGCGCAUCGACCUCGUCUCCGGCGUGCGCAAAGGGCUGAACGAUGCGGGCUUCCCCGAGUACCCCAUCAUGGGCGGCACCCUCAUCAACAGCGUCGACGAGACGCUGGAGUGGCUUGAAGACUUGAAGAAAGCGGGUGCGCAGUGGGGACUUGUGCUUGCGCCGGGGUACUUUGGCGCUGCUGCGAGUCAGGAGGGGAUUCGAGAGUGGUAUACUGUUGUCGCGGAUCGGUCACCCCUUCCUGUAUUGAUCUACAACUACCCUGGCGUAACAAAUGGCGUUCUCGUCACGCCCGAAACUUACCGCAUCCUCGCCCAGCACCCCAAUAUCGUCGGCUGCAAGAUGUCGCAUGCCAUUGUCUCCUACCACAAUCAAGUCUCGCUCGACCCCAAGAUCGACCAUGCCAAGUUCAGAGUAUACAGCGGUCUUGGGCAGCAGCUUGGCCCCAUUGUCUUCUUUGACGCAGCAGGCGUCAUCGACGGGCUCGCAGCCAUAUAUCCCAAGACUGUGUGCACGCUGAUGAAGCUCGCUGAAACACGGCCCAUUAGCGAUGCCAAUCUGAAGAGGAUCAAGGAAUUGCAGUACACGGUGAGCACGACGGAAGAAUUCAUUGGCAAGUACGGCAUUGUGGGCAUCAAAGAGGCAGUAAAGCGCGUAACAGGCUAUGGCACAUUGGAGGGUGGUAGACUGCCGAUCAAAGGAAAAUUACCCGAGGGCGAGUGGGAGAAGUGGAGCGAGGUUUGGGAAAGGAUACAAAAGGUCGAAGAUUCGUUGAGCGAGAAGGACUUCAAGUAGAAGAGGAUUAUAUCCAUUCCACCAUUUUUGCUCGUUAUACAUUCUUAUACAUGGCGCCUUUUCCGAGAUAUACUACAACUUUGCCAGUCAUCCUACAGUCCAACCCCAAACCCAUAUCCAAUGUCUCCCUGAAACCCUGCAUCGAACAUUCCUAUGCCUGCGGUAACUAGGCUAUCAAACUGGCCCCAGCUAGUCAG